AUGUCCAAGAUGCCCGGUUUCUCAUCGCCGCAACUCGCCCACGCGAAGCUUUUCGACCGGUCCGAGCCCAGUUCUACUCCUGACCAGCCCCUUGUGAUCGUCAUUGGCAUAGGCACUGCAGUUCUAUGCAUUACCAUCGCUUACACAUUGUUGUUCUUUGGACUUAAAUGGCGCAAGGCUCGCGCAGCCCAACGGCGUAAAGGUACCGAGGGUGAAGUCAAGACUAUCGAGUUCGUAGACCAUGAGCAUUCUCGUGGCGGUCCUUCACCAUAUGUCGGUGAUGACCAUCAGGGCGGUCACAUAGGAGAUAGUCGCAGUGCGCGUUCAUCAUCCGAACUGCCUGCACACUAUAGUCGCGUGAUCAAAGAGGAUGGGAAGCAUGACUUUGUGGAAAUCGACAUAAGCAGUGGGAAGGUUAGAGAAUAG